CGCAGCCCGCGGCGGCGUCGCGCCCGAGCCCGGACCCGGGCGGCACCUCCGGCCCCCGCCCCCCGCCGCCCGCCCGGGCCGAGCCGAGCGGAGCGGAGCCGAGCCGGGGGCACACAGCGCGGGAGGCGGCGGCGUGGAGCCCAGGUGGCACCGCGGUGGAUGGGAGUGCCCCGGCGAGGCCGCGUCACAUGAGGUCCGCGCACGCACCAUGUCAUCAUGCGUCUCUAGCCAGCCCAGCAGCGACCGGGCCGCCCCCCAGAAUGACCUGUGCGGCGUGGGCGGCAGCAGCAGCAGCAGCAGCCAAGGCCAGAAGCCCUGCGAGGCGCUGCGGGGCCUCUCGUCCCUGAGCAUCCGCCUGGGCAUGGAGUCCUUCAUCGUGGUCACUGAGUGUGAGCCGGGCUGUGCCACAGAUCAGGGCCUGGACCGGGACGUGCACCUGGACGCCGAUGGCGGAGAAGUCCCCCUUGACGCAGGGUCCCAGGACCGGCCCCACCUCUCCAGUUGCAAGCUGUCGCUGCAGGAGCGGUCCCAGCUGGACGUGAAUGGCCGCUGCGUCCAGCCAGCCCAGCCCUCGUCACCGGUGGGCUCCCCACAGUCCUCGCCGCGGUUGCCCCGGCGGCCCACGGUGGAGUCACACCACGUCUCCAUCACUGGUAUGCAGGACUGUGUGCAGCUGAACCAGUACACCCUGAAGGAUGAAAUUGGAAAGGGCUCCUACGGUGUGGUCAAGUUGGCCUACAACGAAAACGACAAUACCUACUAUGCGAUGAAGGUGCUGUCCAAAAAGAAGCUGAUCCGACAGGCGGGCUUUCCACGUCGCCCCCCGCCGCGAGGCACCCGGCCAGCCCCGGGCGGCUGCAUCCAGCCCCGGGGCCCCAUCGAGCAGGUGUACCAGGAGAUCGCCAUCCUCAAGAAGCUGGACCACCCCAACGUGGUGAAGCUGGUGGAGGUCCUGGACGACCCCAACGAGGACCAUCUGUACAUGGUGUUCGAACUGGUCAACCAAGGGCCGGUGAUGGAGGUGCCCACCCUCAAACCGCUCUCCGAGGACCAGGCCCGUUUCUACUUCCAGGAUCUGAUCAAAGGCAUCGAGUACUUGCACUACCAGAAGAUCAUCCACCGGGACAUCAAACCUUCCAACCUCCUGGUGGGAGAAGACGGGCACAUCAAGAUCGCCGACUUCGGCGUGAGCAAUGAGUUCAAGGGCAGCGACGCGCUCCUCUCCAACACCGUGGGCACGCCCGCCUUCAUGGCGCCCGAGUCGCUCUCCGAGACCCGGAAGAUCUUUUCCGGGAAGGCCUUGGAUGUGUGGGCCAUGGGUGUGACGCUGUACUGCUUCGUGUUCGGCCAGUGCCCGUUCAUGGACGAGAGGAUCAUGUGUUUGCACAGCAAGAUCAAGAGCCAGGCCCUGGAGUUUCCCGAGCAGCCCGACAUAGCUGAGGACCUGAAGGACCUGAUCACCCGCAUGCUGGACAAGAACCCCGAGUCGAGGAUCGUGGUGCCGGAGAUCAAGCUGCACCCCUGGGUCACGAGGCACGGGGCGGAGCCGCUGCCGUCGGAGGACGAGAACUGCACGCUGGUCGAGGUGACCGAAGAGGAGGUCGAGAAUUCGGUCAAACACAUUCCCAGCCUGGCGACCGUGAUCCUGGUGAAGACCAUGAUACGGAAGCGCUCCUUUGGGAACCCCUUCGAGGGCAGCCGGCGGGAGGAGCGCUCGCUGUCCGCGCCUGGGAACCUGCUCAGCAAAAAACCAACCAGGCAGUGGGAGCCCCUGUCUGAGCCCAAGGAAGCACGGCAGCGAAGACGGCCUCCGCGGGCCCGCCCCGCCCCCGCCGGGGGAGGAGGAAGUGCUCUUGUGAAAGGCGGCCCCCCGCAGGGGGAGAGUUGGGGGGCCCCUGGCCCCGGCCAGCAGGCACGCAUGCACCCUCCGUGGCCCGACGACGCGAUGGAGUAGCUGCCGACCGCCGUGACCUCGCAUGCUCAGCGUCUCACCGCCCGGGCUGCGCUCCCCGCGUUUCCAUAGCAGCAUGUCUUACCGGAAGCACGUGUGUAGAGCCUUGCCCGUCAUCUCUGGUUGUUGUUUUUUUUUUUUUUUUAAUCCUUUGUUGUUUUAAAGGGGACAAAAAAAAGAGAGAGAGAGAAAAGAAAAAGAACUCCAUGACAUCGACCUUGGCCGCUGGCUGGCUGAACUGGCGUGAGGAGUUGCAGACCCAGACCCACAUACACUCUGGGACAGUCGCUUUUUUAAAACAUUUUUAUGCCAAAAAAAUCCUUCGCUGUGAUCUUGGAACCAUGGCCGCUGUCCCAAGCGAAUGUGUGUGGGGUUUGAAAAUCAUGAAAAACGGGCAGAGAACUCCCACAGCGGGGUCCGAGACCCCAGAGGGGGUCCGCCGCCGUGUCUAAAGGGUGAGGAGUGGGUGUGGCCUCUUGUGCAAACCCCACACCUGACACGGCGCCACCCUCCAGGACCGCGGACUCACGAGUGGAGGCGGGGCUCGCCCUCGGUGGUAGCUGCAGGGAGCUUCGAGGCAACGUGUUUGUAAGAAGGACUGGAGCGUCGUUUUUAUGCCUGGAGUUGUCAGAGAAACAGAAAGGGCUUGGUGUUUAAGUUGCUUUGCAAAGGUCGUGGUGGGAGAAGUUGCGCUUCAAGGACGCGAGUGUGUGUCUUUAUGCCAGACACUUAAAGCGGAGUUCUCAAGGAGUUGACGGAGCUCUCUUAGUAAAUCUCUUGUGAAAUAACAACAACAACAAAAAACACAUCAGGGUGAAAUCCUGUACUUCCAUGUAUAUUACAUGGCUUGAGAGUGAACAAAGAAGCAAAAAGGUUCAAUUCUCCAACCAGUCUGAACUCCAGAGGAGUUCAGAAAUCGUUUCGAGCUUCCAGGAUCUAGCCCACCGCUCCAGGCAGGCGUUAGAGCCCUGAAACUCACGCUUGUGUCUUAGCAGCUCAGCUUGUUCAUCACCUGUGUCUUCUAGAGACCGCUACCGUUUUGUUCUCUCCCGAAACACUAGCUGAGUGUUGUUGUUAGUGAAACAGUCACCCGGUUGCUGGAGGGCCAGCUGGGAGAUAUGUUCAUUUCACAGAGACGCAGACGGUCAUCUGUGCCAGCAAAGCUCUGUUAGGGUCCACCAGAGAACUUCUGGGACCCUUUUAGAGGGGAGGCUGUUGCAACCUGGAGCGGUCCUCAGGGCCCUAGGGGACCAGGGCCUGGCGCAGGGCGUUCCCUUGUGUAGCCAAAAGUCCAGAAAGAAAAGGUUUACCUUUCUGACUUCCAUCUGCUGUUGGGAAGUCUGGCUGCAGUUCAGGUGCGCCUUCUUCCAGACCCACGUGUGGGUGCGUCUGAAGUGCGGGGGGGUGGGAAAACUGGGAGGACUUUGGCCUGGGGAGACAGUACUGGGGUUCGGAAAGGCCUGCUUUCCUGUGAUUUGUGUCCGAUCAGCCAUGGUACGAGGACGUUUUGCAGAGAUGGAGAAGCAAGGACCUGUGCCCCCUGCCCAGGGCGUCCUUGGCUUCCACAGAUCUCGACUGUGAACUCUCGAACUGUCGCUCAGCCAGAGUCUCCUUGCCGUGUUUUAGCCGUGCAGAAUUAGGGGCUGCUGGUUUGCAAGAGCAAAGAAUGCCCGUCUGAUGGAGGAGGAUAUUCUCGCCUGCUUUUUUUCUCUUUCUGUAGCCUAGAACUUCCUCUUGCCCUCCUACGCUUGUUGGCAUGUAUGGGCCCCACCCCUUCUGGGAGCAGAGGGGCCCUGGUUCAUUAGCAGUGAGCACCGCACGGCGGUUCGAGUCAGCUGGUCCUGGUCUCUGUCCAGGCCUGUCUGUGUGGAGUCCGGGGAGGGCGGGCCACACGCCGCGCUUCUGCAGAACCCCUGUGUUUACGGAGCCGCGUGGGGCAGUGCCCUCUGUCCCCCGCAACACCCUCCGGGGAAGGUUUCACGUGUGGCAUGCCGGCCACUGGGCAGCACCCAGCUGCUGAGGCAGGUGGGUUGGGGGAGGCCCAAGUUCAUUUUUUUUUUUUACAAAGGAACACCAAAGAAAGCUGUGGAAAGGAACUGCCACCCCCAAAAAGUCUAAGCAGAGAGGGCUGUUCCAUAAAGUGUACCACCACCCUCUCAGACCCCAUGCGUCAGUUUUCCAAAAACCGGCUCCAUCAGGAGGGUGGGGGGGCAGCUGCCAGGAGCAGCUCUGUCGGGGGGGCCAGGAGGAUGCCCGUCCGCUUCUCCCACUGCUGGCGCACCUGCGGGGCCCGUCUGGUGGAAGCGCCCCAUGGCCUGCACCCGCGGCCUUGAAGGAAGCACAAGUCUCUCUCCCCAUCUUUUCCUCUGACCUGUGCCACAUCCCCCCCAGUCUGCUGGCUCAUGGGCGGCUCCCGUGAAGCCUUCCCCGGCCCCUUGUGGGUGCCGGGGGCUGGGGAGGCCGUUUCCCCCGUGGUCCAGCCUUUCCCAUGAGCAGGGGCUCCUGCCCUCACAGCCUUUCUGGAGCAAGGGGGCGCGUCCCUGCGCACUCAGACACGCAGGCUGGCCCCACGUGUUGCUCUCAGCCAUCUUCCAAAGGGGAGCCUCACGUCGCCGGUGGGGAGAACCAUGACCUCCACUUGCUUCUAAGGUGCUAGGGAAGGUUUCGAGGUGGCCGAUCCCCAUCUUCUCCAGCUUUCUGGGCCGAGUCCCGUGGGACUGCUGACUCUUCCAACCUGUGACCGACGCCCCGCCCGAUGCUUCUGUCUCGCCCCCGGUCCUUUCUAUGCAUUGCCCUCUGAUCAGGUGUACAAGUUAAAUACUGUGUAUUUAUCCCUUACAGAGACGUGAACUGCAGAGAAAAGUAAGCCUUUGGUGUUUUUCCACAGAUGUUUUGAGCUGCUCUGUAAACUUGAAAUAAACAGACGGCCAAAUGGUGCA